AAAAAUUCUGAGAGAAUAACCGUAAACAAUGAAAUAGGGUUUAUGUAUUUAUGUGCUGGUUUAUUAUUAUUGCUCCUUUUGAAGAUGUCUCCGGGUCUGCUGUUUGUAGCUGUGGGCGUGGUGUUAUUUUAGGAAUGAAUAGCGGAACUACAUGUUGUUUUGAAGCCCAACUGCUCCUCCGUACGCAUGUGUAACAGCGGCGUGUGUCCGGGUUGGAGAGUUCGGAUCUGAGAUUUAGGAAGUGGACUGGAAGUUUAGAGCCGGGGCAGGAAAGGUCCAGGUUACCGCCUGACGCUGCGCAGCACUGCGGGAAUAAUGCUGUCCUGUCGGGAGGAAAGCUGGACGUGUCAGCCUGGAGGUCUCUGAAGGACCUGAGCUCUAGUUGUGGUUAGCUUUGCCACUGACUCCAGUAGGAAUGUCCUACUGGUCUGUUGGCGUUUCCCGAGAAACUGGAGGGCCUCCCAGCAAUAUGGAGCAAAGAAACAGCAGGGGGGAGGAAAUGGGAGCCAAGGCUUCUCUGGUGGAGGCCACUGGUCCCAACUCCAGGAUGACUCCUCCUUCAACCCUGGAGAACAUCAAGGCAGCAUAUGAAGAUGGGGAUGAGGAGACUGCCAGGGAGCUGAUUCAACAGGCCUGUUGUGUGGAGUGUUCUGGGGGGAUCCAUCCUGACGGAGUCCGCCUCUUGUCUGUGGCCACUCAGCACUGUGAUCUAGUGAGUGUGUGUUACCUUCUGAAGGAAGCCCGUAUCACUGUGCCCCAGGAGCUGACGCUGUCCAAUCCAGCCGUCCUGGCAGCACAUGGUGGCUACACCAACCUGCUCAAGGAACUGCUGGAUUCAAUACCUGGUGUGAGUCUGAAGAGAGAUCUGGUGAACUGCCUGCUGGCCACAGCCUGUCAGCAGGGUCAUCUGGAUGUGGUGCGUCUGCUGGUCCACAGCUACGAUGCAGAUGUGAAGGACUUUGCGAUCCACAGCGAUGAGUUCGCUCUCCUCUGUGGACUGCCGCUGUAUGCAGCUGCACAAGCCAGUAACGAGGAAAUCGCUCACUUCCUGCUAGAAAAUGGUGCUGAAUUUUCAUCCUACACUCUGAUGGACUAUCCAGAUUUCAGCAAACACCUCCUGAGACAGAAACUUGACGAAACAUCUGGUGCAAAUGGAGUGGAGAGUGUCCGUGUGUACUGGAGUGGCUUGCAGUUACCAUAUUUGGAGCUGGACUGGUUCAUGGAUGUCUGCUCCCAAAUCACCCACCUGGACUUGUCCUCCAACAGUCUGGUUGCUCUGCCCUCGGUGGUCCCCUGGGGCCUUAUCCAUCUCAGAACUCUGGAUCUGUCUAACAACGCUCUUAAAGAGCUGCCGUUUGCUCAGAACUCCCAGGAUGUCAUCUGCUCCAGGUUACAGAUGGUGAAUAUUUCUCAGAACCAGCUGAAGAGUUUACCAACUGGACUUCUCCAUCUGGUCCACCUGCAGAAACUCUGUGCUGCCGAUAACCAGCUCAGCACUCUGUUUGACAUCCCUGACACUGUGAACUGGAUCGGUCUGCGUAAGCUGGAGGGACUGGAUGUGUCUGGUAACUGUCUAACCAGCCUGCUCACUUCAGUCAUGCACUGUUUAAAGUCCCUGCGCUGCCUUGAUGUGAGCAGAAACAAACUCAACGCUUUCCCUGACCCCUGGGCCUGCCCACUGAAUCAAUGCAAAGCUUCUUCCAAUCAGAUUGAGAAUCUUCCAAACACCAUAUCCAUCUUCUGGAGGACUCAGCUGCAGGAGGUUGACUUCUCUGACAACUGCCUCAAAGAUCUUCCUUCCUACAUCUUUGAACUGGAGGCCAUCGUCUCAUUAAAGCUGUGUGGGAAUCUGAUAGAAACACUCCCUUCUGCUAAUAAAUGGAAGUGCUCGAAGCUCAAGACUCUGGAUCUGUCCAGGAACCAGCUUGGCAGAACCGAAGAGGGGCCCAAGUCCAGGAGGCUAGCUUUCCUGACAACAUGGAACAGAAGAGAUCCAGACCCAGUGUGUCCCAUUGAGUUCCCCAGUGUUCUGCGAGAUUCCCUGGAAGUGUUGAUCCUGAAUGAUAACCAACUGGAGUGUGUUCCCCAGUCACUGUGUGCUCUACGCAACCUUACUGAGCUGUAUCUCUCUAACAAUCCUGGAAUCCGAGAACUUCCAGCAGAACUGGGACAGCUUUCCAACCUGUGGCAGCUGGACAUUGAAAACCUCAACAUCAACAAUAUUCCACAGGCAGUAAAAGAUGAAGGCACCAACUCUGUCCUGGCGUUCCUCCGGGCGCAGCUUCGAAAAGCAGAGCCCUGCAGACUUCUGAAGAUGCUGGUGGUCGGUCCUCCCAGGCAGGGGAAGUCGGCCCUGGUGGAGGCUCUACUGACGGGCAAGGCAUCUCCCUUCACCCCCUCAGAAGGCAGUAUCUCCACCUUCAGCUGGGAGCUGGAAAAACCCAAUGCAGGCAAAAAUAAUAAGGAGUCAGUCGUGUUCCAUGUGUGGGAUAUUGGUGGUCCGGCCAGCAUGACCACAGUCAACCAGUGUUUCUUCACUGAUAAGUCCCUGUACGUGGUUAUCUGGAACCUGGCUCUGGGAGAGGAGGCUGUGGCCAACCUGCAGACAUGGCUUCUCAACAUAGAGGCACGAGCGCCCAACUCUUCUGUGGUAGUUGUAGGAACCCAUUUGGACCUCAUUGAUACUAAGUUCCGCACAGAGAGGCUGGCAACACUGCGAGCUUAUGUUCUUGCACUGUGCCGAUCGCCAUCUGGAUAUCGGGCCGCUGGUUACCCCGACGUCACCGUCAAACAGCUGCAUGAGGUGUCAUGUAAGACACUGGAGGGUUUCGAUGGUCUGAAGAUGCUGCUCUACCAUGUGGCUCUCUCUAUGAAGGACAGCAGCAGCAGCUCAGGCUGUUGGAACAAGCUGCUGGCCAGACUGAUUCCCAGGAGCUAUUUGAUCCUACAGGAGGCAGUGAUAGCAGAGAAGAAGAGGAGACAUGCUGAGGGAGAGGUCCAGUACCUGACUGAAGCUCAGUUACUCAGCAUCAUUGAACAGAACCCAGAGAGUGACAUCAGAGAUUAUGAGGACCUGCAAACUGCCAUCAGUUUCCUGAUUGAAACUGGAACCUUGCUGCACUUCCCUGACACCAGCCAUGGCCUGUGUACUCUGUACUUCCUGUGUCCUGUGUGGCUGUCGGACUGCUUAGAGAGGAUAGUACAUCUGAACUCUUGUCAUCCUGUCCCCAGGAAUGGAGUGAUCAAAGUGGAAGACCUUAGGAAGCUGCUAUCUGGAACAGGAUUCACCCAGGAGACAGAGGAGCAAUACUUCCAGUUUCUGGCAAAGUUUGAGAUAGCUCUGCCUGUUGCCAAUGACAGAUAUUUGCUGCCACAUCUCCUUCCUCCAAAGCCAGCCAUGGACAUCCACAGCUUCCACCGGCACACCAACAACACGCUGCAGCGUCUCUUUAAGAUGAGCUUCGUUCCCGUUGGCUUCUGGGAGCGCUUCAUUGCCAGGAUGCUCAUCAGCCUCACAGAGAUGGAUCUUCAGUGGUUUGAUUCAGCCAAAAAUAGGAGCCUGAACCGCAGGAGUUCCCUGAUCUACAGCUUCGCUGGCAGCCAGCAGAGGAACCGCUGCAGCACCUUCAGGGUCCGACGCAGCCAGACUAUCUACUGGAAGGAGGGGCUUCUGGUCACUUUUGAUGGAGGUUACCUCAGUGUGGAGUCGUCGGAUGUUAACUGGAAGAAGAUGAAGAGUGGAGGCAUAAAGAUCCUCUGUCAGUCAGACAUCAGAGACUUCUCUGCCAUGGCCUUCAUCACUGACCAUGUCAACUCUCUGAUGGAACAGUGGUUUCCUGCUUUGACAGGCACCCAGAGUGAUGGGAGUCUCCUCAUUGAGCAGUAUGUGCCCUGCUCCCUGUGUGCCCCGAGGGACCAGCAGCAGGAGCAGGCAGAGGACGGCAGAAGAAGAGAAGAAGAGGUUCAUUACUUCAACAUGGAGGACUGUGUGCUGGCGGCUGUGGAACAGGAACACAUUGUCUGUCCUCAGCAUCCGGAGCAGCCGAUCCCUCUGCAGGAGCUGGUCCCAGAACUGUUCAUGACCGACUUUCCGGCACGGCUGUUUCUGGAGAAGGCUCAGCUGGAGCUUUGUGAGGAGGAACAGAACAUCCUCGGUCAGGGUGGCAGUGGGACCAUCAUCUACAGAGCCAGAUACAGAGACCAGCCGGUUGCUGUGAAGCUCUUCCACUUUAAGAGAUGUCGACAGCUGUCAGCCACCAGCGAUACAGACACCAUGGUGAAGCACCUGCAGUUUGUCAAGGCGUGUCGCAGCUUCUCUGAGUUCCGUCAGGAGGCUAGCAUGUUGCAUUCUCUGCAGCAUCCCUGCAUCGUGGCUCUGGUGGGGAUCAGCAUUCAUCCACUGUGCUUCGCGCUGCAGCUGGCGCCUCUGGGCAGCCUCAACACGGUGCUGGAGGAGAGGCACAAAGGCUCAGAGUACAUGCCUCUUGGUCACAUGCUAACCUUUAAGGUAGCGUAUCAGGUUGCAGCAGGACUGGCCUACCUCCACAGAAAGAACAUCAUCUUCUGUGACCUGAAGUCAGACAACAUCCUGGUGUGGUCCCUGGAGGUUCAGGAUCCCAUCAACGUUAAGCUGUCCGAUUAUGGAAUCUCUCGGCAAUCCUUCCAUGAGGGGGCGCUGGGAGUGGAGGGAACCCCAGGAUACCAGGCUCCCGAGGUCCGACCGGGCAUUGUGUACGACGAGAAGGUGGACAUGUUCUCCUAUGGAAUGGUUCUGUAUGAGCUGCUGUCUGGGCGGAGGCCGGCUCUGGGGAACCAUCAGCUCCAGAUAGCCAGGAAGCUCUCCAGAGGGGUCCGGCCUGUGCUGGGCGGUUUGGAGCAGGUCCAGUUCUACAGCCUCCACACCCUGAUGACUGAGUGCUGGGACACCAAGCCUGAGAAGAGGCCAGUGGCACAGUGGUGUGUGAGGCAGAUGGAGGAGCCCAGUUUCCCCUGCCUCAGGUAUCUGUUGUCCUGCAGCAGCCAGUCGCAGCUCUUCCUGUCCCAGCUGCAGGGAUGCAGCGCUGUCUUCUGGCACGGAGACAACGAGGACAGAAACUACAGUGUGGUGAAUGUGGAGAAGGGCCAGGUGGAAGUAAAGAGGAUGUGUUGCCCUGGCAACAGGAUCAGCUGCCAGAUGAAAAUGCCAAAUUCUCUAUGGAUAUCUACUGAGGAGCAGGAGGUGUUUGUCUACAGCCUAAAGGACAUGUGUCCCCUCAGUCAGCCUCAGAAACGCCUGUCCUGUCCAGCUGUGGUCACCUGUCUGUUCCACGUUCCAGCUGCGGAGCAGAGCCUGGCCAAGGUGUUUGCUGGGAUGUCUGACGGUUUGGUAGCUGUCUACACCUUGGUGGACGACUUUCCUCUGGAUGGAGAGAUGUACCUGUGUUCACACACCUUAAACAAGACCGUGUUUGGCCUGAAGGACUCUGACUCGAGGCAGAGACCCUACCCCGUCCAGAGCAUGGCUCUGCUCAGCAGCGGCUCUCAGCUCUGGUUCUCUAACGGACCGGGCCUGCUGGUCAUUGACACCAGCAGUCUCCAGGCCGUGCGAAGGCUGGAACCGUACAAGGUUCCGUCGUCCAUAGUGAGCUUGACCACCAGCUUCAGUCUGUGUGGAGAGGAAGCCGUGUGGACGCUGGACGACCACAGUAACACGCUCAAGCUGUACUACGCCGCCUCAUACGAGCUGUGUGCCACCUACUGCUGUGGGGACAGAAACCCUUUACGGGACGUGUUCGCCGUGCAGCGUCCUGCUGGGAUGGCCGCGGCGGCAGGUGAUGACAUCAACACUACGGACCAGAACGGGAAGCUGGAAUUCUCUAACGGAGAUGUGACGCUGAUUUUUAGUGAGGAGGCAGGCACACAAAUCAUCCAGCACCAGGAUUCUGUGACAGACUACUGCUCCCUGUCGUCCACCUGCUCUGUGGAACCGCCACAGUCAAACUGCCUGGGCGCCACAGACUGCAGCGCACUGAAGAGUAGAUGCUGUUCACCGUUGGCCCAGAACCUGCAGGUCCAACAGGAAUCCAGAACUACUAACCUGGAGUCUGCUGAGGAAAUAAACCCUGCAGUCCCUGAACUGCAGGCCUUUAAUCUGCUGCCAGUGAAUGGGACAGUGUGGAUCCCCAGGCGGGGAGGUGAUUUGUUAAUCAUUGAAAUCCAGUCUUGUGGAAAUCAACUCAGGGGACGUGUCUCUGCUGUCCUCAGUCCACCAGGACUGUCCUCUCUGGGGACCCUGGAGGAGGCAGCGUUGGUGGCUAAGGAUACCGUUGUGUGUGGCUUCCAGCAGAAGGAAAACAUGGAGUGGUGCCUGGUAGUCUGGAGGGCCUGGGGCCACCAGGAGCUGGACGUUUUCUACCAGUCCUGGGAGGAGCUGUACCGCUCUGAGAGCAGCAGCAGGAGGAGGAGGAGAAUCUGUCCAAACUGAGACGGUGGAGCUUCACAGGAACAUUCCGGUCUUCAAACAGACUGAGCUCUGUCCUGCUGGGUGGGUGGAUCCCUCUGACGCUCUGGGAACAGGAUCCAGGAUCCUCUUUGGACCUGAGCUCUGCCAGAUGCAGACUCAUCCGGACCUGAGGCCGAGGACAGGAGCUGGUCCCCGUCCAGCUGCUGCUCUGUAAACACAUCUGGAAGUCGACUGCAGCUCACUCCCAGAUGUUAGGUAGAAAUAAACACCAAGGUACAGCAACAGAAAGACAAGCUGUGAGACGCUGCAGCAUCUUCAAACAUCCCGACACUCAUACAGCUUGAAUUAUUGACCUAAGGAGCUAGGAGUUAUCCAUUUACUAGAACUGUAGAAUGAAAAAUAUGCAGAUGCUCAACAUUGUUAAUGUAUGAAAUUAUGUUCAAUACAAUUUUGUAAAUAAAGGUUCAGUGUUUUUCUCA